AUGAGCGUCAAAUCACCCAAGCUUACACCAGAGCAAAUCAAGGGCUUGGAUCCAACAGCACCACCUAUUGUUGAUGUACUGAACAAUGGUCAGGCAUUCUUCUCUUCAAUGAAGGUACACUAUUGCGAUGUACAUCCGGUAAAAUCGUGGGUUGUUUUUGCUGAUAAGAGAGGAUCUGUUUAUUUAUUUGAUUAUAUUCAAAAUGACUUGUUACAUACCUUCUCAUUAAAUUCAAUGUUUGAAAGUAAGAAGGAAGAAACAAAUUUGUAUAAAACACUUGAUAAGAAUUUUAAGAAUGUUCAACUUCCGUACUGGUAUGAUGAAGAAUUAUUAUCAUCAAAGAAUGAAAAGUUUGGAGAUUUAAAAUCUGUUAAAUUCUAUGAUGAACAUGUUCAAUAUUGGAAACUUAGGCAAUUAAAUAACAUGAGUGGAUCGGAUCAAAUUCAAAAUGUUCAAUCUCCAGUCAUGAGAGUUGGAGGUGUUGAUAAUGAUGAUGAAUCAAGAUCGAGAAUGGUAGGAGUGAAUGGUGCUGUUGGUUUUGCAAAUGCUGACAGACCACCAAAAUGUAUUGUAUUACAUACUGAGAGUAGAAUUAUCAUGUUGAGAUAUGAUGAAGUUAGUUCCCUUCUCUUCUUUUUCGAUGAUGUUAAAUCAAGUCAAUUGGAUGGAAAGUCUAUUGUUUGUUUCGAUUUCCUUUACAAACAACCAAUUGUAGCACUUGGAUGUAGUGAUGGAUCUAUUAGAUUCUGGGACUUCCAACAACGUAAAGUUCUCAAUAAGAUUAUCCCUAAUGUUCACUCAAAAGGUAUUUCACAAUUAUUAACAGUUCCGAGGGAUGAUCCUCUGAGUAGAUAUCCAGGAAUUGUCACCACAUCAUCUGAUGGUAGUUUAGCAUUAUGGAAUUUGGAUACUGAAAAAGCUGAAUAUACAGAAGCUAAAUGCCAAGGUGGAGGUAUUUCAAGCAUGUUCAUAGAUACAAAUUCUGGAUACUUGAUCACAGCAGGUAUUGAUAAAAGUAUUGCAGUGAGAAGUCUCAACUCAGGAAGAAUAAUCAAACAAACUAAAACAAAGGUACCAAUGAAAAGUUUAUCUAUGGUGACAACUUGCAAUUGUUCACCAUCCUGGCUACUAAUGCUUGAAAAUAAGAAACAAAAGAGACAAAUCUUUAGAAUGCCAUCCCAUUUAAACUUUGAACCAGCAUUUGUUGACAAUAAUAUUAUUGAUGUUACCAGUUAUGCUCCUCCAAAUAACAAAGAUCCAAAGUUUUAUACUAUCCACCAACAUCCACUUCAACAAGAUUUAAUAUUUAUUGGUACAAGCUUUGGUUUAAUGUUAGCCAAGAUGACUUACAAUAGAAAACCAGCAAUUUGUUCUGGAUUUUUAAGAGCUGAUGCUCUCUUAGGUCAAUCAAGUGAACCUGAAAUGCCUUCAUUUGAUACACCAAUCGAUCCAAAGGUUUCACAAGGUAGUAACGAUCAAGAAAAGAAAAAAUAUUGUAUAUAUGUAAGAGAGAAGAACGUUUAUCAAAGAUUUGUAGAAACCAAUUCAGAAGGAAAGAAAGAAUUUUCAUCAGAAAAAGUUGUCUAUAAUAUGGGUAAACUUUCUAAUGUGAAACUGGACGUAAGCUAUAGUGGUAGAUAUGUUUCUAUUUUAUGGGAAAGCGAGAGAGAAUAUUUUGUGUUUGAUAUUUCUAAAGAUACAUGGAGAAAUAUUGCCUCUGAAAGAGAAUGCUCAAAUAUUGUGUGGAGUUCUUCUAGUGAUACCUUUGCCAUUCUCAAGGGCAAUUUUACUUCCAAAAAGGUGUCUGUUAAAAAGAUUGAAAAUUCAAGUGUAAAGUUAGUAUGUGAAAAUGUAUCUAUCAAUGGAGGAAGUAUCGAUGAUAUUUAUGGAGGAGUUUUACUUGGUGUAAAGUACUCUAAUUUUACUGAUGAAAGUGGAUUCCAACUUUAUAAUUGGAGUGGUGUUGAUGCAUUUGGUUCCUCAACGGAACCAUACCUUCCAAAACCUCAAUUCGUUGUUUGGGAUAAUUUGAGUGGAAAGUGUUUGAUGGCCUAUCAGGAUUCAUAUGCUAUCUUUAAUUCAAAACCAUCAUUCAAAAUGGAGUACUAUGUAGAAGAAAAGAUUCAAUCAGCUUUCUGGUGGAAUUCAACCCUCCUCAUCUCUACCGAGACUGAAAUCAAAUGUGUUUUCGUUACAACUGGAAAAAUAUUCUCAACUGUACUGGCCAGUACUGAUGUUGCAUUCUAUUCACAAAUAUCUCAAAAGACACCAUUGGAUGAACAAAGUAGUUUAGACCCUAUUCCAUUACCUAAACCUAAAGGUGACAUUUCUUUCAUGGAUGUUGUUGGUGAUAAUUUGUAUGUCAUUGAUGGUUUGUCACAAAUCCAUACUAUCAAUAAUAUUUCAAUUACUCCAAGUAUCAAGUUUAGAAUGCUUGUUGCUGCAGGGCUAACUAAGAAAGCCAUGGAAUGGAUCCCUUUCAUUGCUCAAGAAAUUCAUGAUUACUUGGCUGACUUUUUGUGCGCCUUUGGAUACACCAGAGAAGCAUGUUCUAUUGAUUCCCUUUCCUCAUAUAAGAGAUUACAAUUAUGUUUCGAACAUGAACACAUCAAGUAUGGUAUUGAUGCUCUAACUUAUUUGGAUGAAAAUAGAUAUUUCUACAAACAAGAUAAUUCUCGAUCUUCAAACAAGAAAGAAGAGGAUAAUUUAGAAUUGAGUCGUUUGUUUGUACGUUUGGGAUCUGUUGGAGAAAAGAAGUUGAACAAAAUUGCUUCUCAUAAGGUAGCUGUAUCCCCUCGUUCUAACAAUCAUUUCAUUACUCAAUCAGAGAAUACUAAUGGAAUUGAAGGAGAGUUAUCUACAGAAGAGAUUUUACAAAUUAUUGAACAAAGCUACAGAAGAGCAGCUGAACUCGAGCCAAGUACCUAUUCUCACCUCAUUAUAUUUUGUGCUAAACACUUCCCAGAAAAGUUGCAAGAUAUUAGAUCAGACAUUUAUACUAAAAUGGAAACCUCUUGUGAAGACGAUCAUGUAAUGUUCAACCAAUCAUUGACUAUGCUUGCUCUCGUUUCUAAGGACUUUGCUCUUGCUUCAACACUUUUCCAACAAGCCAACAAAUGGAGUCAAGCUGCUACAUUGGAUAACUCUAAAGUUGAUUCUUGGAAUGGUUUCCUCAACUCUAAACCAAACUCUUUACCUGUAAACAUUGGAAAUUAA